AUGGACCUUCCGGCUACACCACCGAUGUUCGAACCCUCGAACCCCGGGGCCAGCAAAACCCCAUCACCGACCGAUGACGUCUUCGACGCAACCGUGUUACCCAAUAAGGUAACCGAGCGUCCGGACAGCAGAAAGGGCUACAGGUUUCCGUCACCGAAGCAGCACCCAGGCUCACACAUCGGAGCCUCGGACUACACACCCCGACGGUACCUGACCAAGACCCCUCCGGAGAAGAUCGACAACCCACAGUUCCUCCGUCAACGGAUAUACGAGCUGCAAAACCAGCUCUUGGCCGGGCAAAACAUCGUCGAAUCGACGGAGAAUGUUUUGUCCCAGACGGUAGCUUCGCACAAGCAGGAGCGCAAGAGGCUCACUGACGAACUCGAACGUGCGAACACCGUCAUUGAUGACCUUACCCAGGAGAUCGAACGGUUAGAGGCCCAGUUGCAAGUAACUGAGGAGCCCUGCCGUCAUGACCAAGCCGAAGUCACUAGACUCCAGGACAUGCUGGAGCAGUCUCAGGCCGAAGUGGCCACCCUGCGCCAGGACUUGGAGCAGCGGUUACAGGCCCUCGGCUACUCCGAGGCUGGCUCGGCUGAGCUUCACAACAUGUUCGGCCGGGUGGAUGAGUACCGCGAGGAGAACCACCACCUCAAACAGGGCAUCAUCGGCCUGGAGGGAGAGAUCGACGAACUAAAUUCGGAACUCGACUUCCUCCGGACAGCCUACGAGAACCUCCGGCAGAAUCAGAAUGGCCCGGAGGGUGUAGCCGUAGACCUUCGGCUAUGCCAGGCCCAACUUGGCCAGCAGAUUUUUGCCCUUACCACCCAUCUCCAGAACGAAACAGCCCGGUUCGAACACGCUCGCGUUGAGAAUCUCGCAGUCAUCGAGGCUCAACGGGCCCGGAUCACACAGUUAGAGUCCGAGAAGACCCAGUGGGAGACGGACAAGGACCGUCUCCUAAAGUACCAACAGGAACUUUAUGACUUCGGCACGGAUGUAUCCAACAAGUACAACGACCUGUGCGAAAAGCACAACCAGCUGGUCCAGGAAAGAGAAAACCUGGGCAUCGAGGUCGCGUGCCUGAAGGAGGAGAAGACCUACCUCGAGGACUCUAUGACGGAGCAACCUCCAUCCUCCCGGACUGCCCAAGAGCAGGAUAAAUGUCAACAGAUUAAUGACUACCUGCGCCGAGACAACCCCCUGCUGAACCCAACAGGUCAAACGGGGGCUCUCGAGGGACAAAUCUAUCACGUCGGAAUGCUGCGGGCUGAACCGUCGGUGGGACCCAGGCCGCCGAUGGUACCGUCAGCCCCGGAGCCGGAGCAAAAUACUUCGACGGCCAACCCCAACGCACCGACCCAUUCCACUACCACAACAACUACGGCCUACGGAGGAACAUCCACAACGACGAUGUUCUCAACCGGAACUAGGCCUGUAGCAUCGACUUCAACCGGACAAGACCAGCCCCGAGGCACGAACCUCCGAGCCCCGGUAACCGGACCUGGCAUGGGACUUCGACCGCCGACGAACGCUUCAGCGGGAAGCUCUCAACCCAAUUCGGGAAAUUCCAACCGGGACCGACAACGUUCGGGCUCCCAGAACACGUACCCGCCGAGGAUCGAAGUACAACCUGUAUCGGCAGGGCAGCGCAACUGGGCUGACCCGGUACGCCCCGGCUAUCCAGAUAACGCACCACAGCAGCCUCGGCUAGAUAACCGUGACCCAAUAAAUCUGGCUGGCCCCGGCGCUGUUGGCAAUGUCCCCUAUCAGCCCCAGCAAGGCAACAUGGACCCAAUAGGUCCGGCACCACAGGCUGACCAAUACGUGGUUAUACCACCAGGGAUGUGGCUCGAUCAGAACCGAGUCCUCCAACGGAUACCUGGGUAUGUGGCACCGAACCAACCGCCGAACCAGGGGAACGGAGCGCAGAAUCCUCCGCCCGGACCGGGACAGCCGCAACAGCCGGCACCCCCUGGCAACCCUUAUCCUCAACCACAGCCGUACCCACCUCAACCCGCCCCGGCUGCGCAGAACCAGCAAGCGGCCUAUCCAAUAGGUUGGAACCCUCCGGUAUCCCAACAGGCAGCGCCGGUGGCCCAACCCCGUCAAACCCCACCACCCGAUGAGCAAGACAUCGCCCAAGCCCGACUUGAAGGCUACGAAGAAGGCCGGCGCCGUUACGAGGAACGGAAUAACCGGAUCCUGGCUCGAAAAAAACCGAGCGGAGUUGCCGAAAUUUAA